CGCUGUUUGAUACAGGGACGGAAGUAGACUUAUCCUAAAUGAUGAAUGGUCUUGCUGCUAAAGGUUAGUUUACAUCAGUAAUAGAAACGAUGGCGACAGCAAUAGAGCUGCUGGAAACGUUGGAGGAUCUGGGAGACAGAGAGCUAAAAACCUUCAAGUGGUACCUGCAGCAGCCGGACUUCCUCAAGGACCUCCCACCGAUCCCAAAGAGCCAACUGGAGAGCGCAGACAGGCCGGACACGGUGGAUCUGAUGGUGCAGACUUACAGCAAUCAGUGCGUGGAGGUGGCCAAGAGGGUUUUAAAGAGGAUGAGGAGGAAUGAUCUGGUGGAGAGUUUGUCAAACAGCAACCCAGAACCUGAAGGUCAGUCAGCUGGUGCACCUGCAGCCGUGGAAGUCGAUGAUGUUCAAGAGACUUCAGAGAACGAAGCAGUUUCAUCUGUUCAACCACCAGCUGCUCUUCUGUCAGAUCCUCCAGCUGUCAGCAGGCAGACCGAAGUUGUGACGGUGCCAGUACUACACCCUCCACUACCCAACACAUCGUACCCACUCACACUGCAGUCAGAGCUCCAGAACAUGUUCAAGUGUGCACAACAAGGAUGGAUAGAGCAGCAGCAUGCAGAACUUCUGCAUGAAAUUAACCCAGAGCUGUUCAUCACGGACGGGUGGGACAUACGCACUAACACACAGCAUGAAGUCAGGAAGCUUGAGAUGACUUUGGAAAAACCAGGAGAAUCAGAGAGAACAGUUAAACCCAGCGACAUCUUCAAACACCCCUCCAGAAAAGGCACAGCGAUAAGAACAGUUCUGACCAAUGGGGCUGCAGGAAUUGGCAAAUCAUUCCUUGUGCAGAAGUUUUUGUUAGACUGGGCUGAAAAAAGAGCCAAUCAAGAUUUUCAUCUGAUGUUCCCCUUCGCUGUCCGGCAGCUGAGCUUAUGGAGGAGAGAAAGGUUUAGUUUGGCAGAGCUAAUUCACACAUGUAUCCCAGAAACCAGCGUGAUUAAGGAGCAGACUCUUAAUGACAUCUUCAUAUCUUUACAGAAGUCAAGAGACUCCAACUUUGAGAACAGUGAAUUCAAACUUCUGUUUGUGUUUGAUGGACUGGAUGACAGCGGCCUUCAACUAGAUCUUAUGGGCAAAAUAAGUAAGUCUCUUGACGUUACAGAGCCCACUUCUGUGGAUUUUCUGCUGACAAACCUCAUCAGGGGGAAACUGCUUCCCUCAGCUCGCGUCUGGAUAACGACAAGACCCGCAGCAGCCAAUCAGAUCCCUCCUGAGUGUGUUGACAUGGUGACAGAGAUCAGAGGGUUCAACGACGAACAGAAGGAGGAGUACUUCAGGAAGAGAUUCAGAGAUGAGGAGCAGGCCAGCAGAAUCAUCUCCCACAUCAAGACAUCAAGAAGCCUCCACAUCAUGUGCCACAUCCCAGUCUUCUGCUGGAUCACUGCUACAGUUCUGGAGGAGUUGAAGGCCAGAGAGGGAGGAGAGCUGCCCAAGACCAUGACUGAGAUGUACAUCCACUUCCUGGUGUUUCAGAUCAAUCACGCAAAGUAUGGCCCAGAAAAGUGCAUUCAGUACAUUCAGUCACUGGCAAAACUAGCUUUUCACCAGUUACUGAAAAGCAACACCCUCUUUAACAAGGAAGACCUGAAACACAGUGAAAUUAAUAUCAGCAAAGCCUCAAAGUACUCAGGAGUAUUCACAGAGAUCUUCAAACAAGUAUGUGGGCAGAAGAAGGAUGAGGACAAGAAUAUGAUGUUCUGCUUUGCCCACUUGAGCAUUCAAGAGUUUCUGGCUGCUCUUCAUGUGAACAUAUCGCUCUUUGACCACAACAAAAAUGUCAUGCCUGCACCACGACAGACACUCCAAAGUCUGCAUAAAUGUUUCAGCAAAACCUCUGCAACAAGUGUACACAAAAGUGCAGUGAACAAGGCCUUACAGAGUCCAAAUGGACACCUGGACAUGUUCCUCCGCUUCCUCCUGGGUCUUUCAUUGAAGAACAAUCAGACUCUCCUACAAGGCCACCUGACACAGACAGGAAGAAGCUCGAAGACCAACCAGAAGACAAUCAAGUACAUCAAAAAGAAGAUCAGGAAGAACCCCACUCCAGAAAGAUGCAUCAUUCUGUUCCACUGUCUGAAUGAACUGAAGGAUUGUUUUGUAGUGGAGGAGAUUCAACAGUCCCUGAGUUCAGGAAGUCUCUCCACAGAUAAACUCUCUCCUGCUCACUGGUCAGCUCUGGUCUUCAUCUUACUGUCAACAGAAAAAGAUCUGGAUGUGUUUGACCUGAAGAAAUAUUUUGCUUCAGAGAAAGCUCUUCUGAUGCUGCUGCCAGUGGUCAAAGCCUCCAAGAAAGCUCUAUUAAGUGGCUGUAAACUGUCAUGGAGAAGUCUUGAAGCUCUGUCCUCAGUCAUCAGCUGCCAGUCCUCUAGUCUGAGAGAUCUUGACCUGAGUAACAAUGACCUGCAGGAUUCAGGAGUGAAGCUGCUGUCUGCUGGACUGGAGAGUGCACAUUGUACACUAGAAACUCUCAGGCUGUCAGGGUGUAUGGUCACAGAGGAGGGCUGUGCUUUCCUGGCCUCAGCCCUGACCUCCAACCCCUACCAUCUAAGAGAGCUGGACCUGAGCUACAAUCAUCCAGGAGACUCAGGAGUGAAGCAGCUGUCUGCUGGACUGGACAAUCCACACUGGAGACUGGACACUCUCAGGGUGGACCACGGUGGAGAGCAGAGGUUGAAACCUGGUUCGAGGAAGUAUGCCUGUGAUUUGGAGCUGGACCCAAACACAGCGAACACAUUCCUCAAACUGUCUAACGACAACAGGAAGGUGACGCUGUCAAACUACCAGCCAUAUCCUGAUCACCCAGACCGGUUUGACACCAGGGAGCAGCUGCUGUGCAGAAAUGAACUGACUGGUCGCUGUUACUGGGAGGUCAAGUGGAGAGGAGACGUCAACAUCGCAGUGACUUACAGAGGGGUCGAAAGGAAAGGAAGCGAUUUUCACUGGAGGUUUGGAAGGAAUGAUCAGUCCUGGAGUCUCAGCUGCUUUCUCGACCGGAUCUCUGUCUGGCAUAAUGGCGUAGGGAAAGUAAUACCCGCCUCCUGCCCCGCCUCCUCCUCCUCCUCCUCCUCCUCUGGUAGAGUAGCAGUGUAUGUGGACUGUCCUGCUGGCUCUCUGUCCUUCUACAGAGUCUCCUCUGACACACUGAUCCACCUCCACACCUUUAACACCACAUUCACUGAACCUCUUUAUCCUGGCUUUGGGUUUGGGUUAGAGUUUAGUUUGGGGGUUGACCCGUUCUUUGGUAGUGAUUCCUCAGUGUCUCUGUGUAAGCUGUAAGUCUACAGUUGGAACAGAUACAGCAGCUGUUCCCUGUCACCCAACACAGACAUUUCCCACACAGCGCUAAUAAAUCUCCCAACAACGUCCAGUUUAAAUCAGUGUGUGUGUGCGCACACACACACGUCUGUAUGUAGAGUUGCACAUGGCUGGAAAUGAGAAUAAAUGUGUUUUCACUCCCAAC